CAGCAAAGUGUGUUUGGGCGAUUCGCAACAUCUUCCCCUAUGUUUCCUUCUGGUGCCUUUCUUCUCUCCACCUUGCUCCCUUUGCCACUGCCGACCAACCAACAAGCCACAACCCAGCCAGCGUAGCUCCAUCACCACCACCAUGGCCUCCAAGCUGUAUGCACUCCUCAUUGGUCCCCCUGGCGCCGGCAAGGGCACGCAGGCUGAGCGCAUCGUUGACCGGUAUGGCGUGUGCCAUCUUGCAACAGGUGACAUGCUUCGCGCCGCCAUUCGUCAGGGCACCCCGCUUGGCCGCCAAGUCAAGGAAAUCAUGGCAUCCGGCGGUCUGGUCAGUGAUGAGAUUGUUGUCAACCUCAUCCGGGACAACCUCGACACCCCAGAGUGCAGCAAGGGCUUCCUUCUCGACGGUUUCCCCCGCACCCUUGAGCAGGCCAAGAAGCUCGAUGAACUGCUUGACCAGCGUAAGGUGAAGCUGGACGCUGCGCUUGAGUUUGCCAUCAAGGACUCCGUUCUCAUUGAGCGCAUCGAGGGCCGUCUGAUCCACAAGGCCUCUGGCCGCACAUAUCACACCAAGUUCAACCCUCCCAAGGUUCCCGGCAAGGAUGACGUCACGGGCGAGGACCUCUACAAGCGCCCCGAUGACAACGCCGAGUCGCUGAAGAAGCGCCUGGCAGCAUACCACGAGAAGACGGCCCCUCUUUGCGACUACUACGACAAGAAGGGCAUCCUGCACCGUAUUGAGGCAGACAACGCUCAGGCGACCGUGUGGGCCAAGAUCCAGAACAUCUUUGACGGCUGUAUCAAGAAGUAGACUCGCGUGUGUCACCAUCACAUCACACACUUGCUUGCAAUACCACCAUCGCGCAUGCAUGCUUCCUUGUAACAGUCUUCCUUUUCCCUCCAGUACACUGCCUGGCCGGCCCAAAACCAAUAAAAACACAUGUGAAUCAGCGAAC